UUAACUAUGUGAAUUUACAACCAUUUAUUGGAACCUUUCCAUAAUUUCAGUAGCAUGUUAAAAGAACAACAAACUGACCAUUCUUAUGCAUCAUCAUGGAUCCUAAAGGAUUAGUCGGGAAAACAUGUGGAGAAUUUACAGUUGAAAAACAGAUAGGAAAGGGUUCAUUUGGACAUGUGUAUUUAGUGACGAGGACAAAUGAAAAACCAACAUGUACUGGCACGUACAAGCCAACUCCAUUCGCCAUGAAGAUGGUACAUACAGCAGGUACAAAUAUUAGAGAACAAACAUUGUUAGAGAGAGAAAUACAACUACUAAGAGAUUUAAAGAAAUAUGAUCAUAAAAAUAUUGUGAAAUAUGUUGAUUUCUUCCACUACAAGAACUUUCCGUGUAUAAUAAUGGAGUAUUGCGAACGUGGAACACUAUAUGAAUUCAUUCGGGACCAAAAGAAUAAAGUAGUACAAGAAGACAAGUUUGUUCAUAUUCUUACUCAAAUAGCUGCUGGAUUGGAAUUCUUGCAUGGUAAACAUGUUCUCCAUAGAGAUGUCAAAAGUAAAAAUAUAUUGAUAAGUGGACACCUUGAUAUCAAAAUUGCAGACUUUGGAGUUGCAAGGGAAAUACCCAUUGCUGACCCAGGACAGAUGUCUGUUAUGAUUGGGAGUCCGCAGUAUAUGAGUCCAGAGAUGUUAUCACAGAAACCAUACGAUCAUAAGACUGAUGUAUGGAGUUUAGGGUGUACAUGUUAUGAGAUGGGGACAGGUGAUUAUGCUUUCAAAGCUGACAGUAUCACCAAGAUUAAGGAAUUGGUUCGCAAUAAUGAGUUACCCCCAAUGAAGAAGGCUGACUAUUGUCAAAAUGUUAAAAAGUUAAUAAUGUGGAUGCUCCAGAAUGAGUCUGUUAACAGACCAACUGCCAAACAAGUUCUAGACAAUAUACAAACACAUAGAUGUAAGACCAUUGACUCGCAGACGACAAUAGAUAUCACCAAAGCUGUAGCUACAGUUUCCCCGACGAAUAGAGUAAAAGAAACGACACAUCGAAAGACUAGCGUUACUGACCCCCCUGACAGUGGCAUGUCGAGUGGGACAAGAACGAUGGAAAUCACAGUACCAGGAGGGCUGGGUUCAACAUUAGAAUCAACAAUGGCUUCCAUUAGUAAUGAUUUCCAAAAAUUGUCAUGCCGAUACCAAGUAGACCUGGUUCGUUUGAUUGGAGAUAACACAGCUAGUAAAAAAGUUUCUAAAAUCAUGAAAGUUCUUCGUAGACAUCCACAGAAUUAUGAUAAAAUAAAGGAAACUGUUCGGAAAUAUGUACGGGAAGAGAGAUUUGAUAAAACCUAUUCUAUAGUGAUGGCAUUGAAAGGAACAGAGGAAGCUAUAUCAGCACAGACACAGUUAAACUCUUCUGACAAGAGAUAAUAAAAGACAUUUGACCUUGAUAACAAAUCGUGUACUUUCUAGUACAUAGUUAACGACACAGGUGUGUUGUAUUUUCAUCAUGAAAUGUAUGGAUAUCUGUGGGUGUAUUUCUACUUGGUAUCAUUAAUGUGUUAAUCCGUGUUGCAUUAAGUUAAAGCGCUAAUCUGGAACAAACUUCGGGUGAAAUCAACAUCAUACUUAUGUUUGUAAACAGUGAUUAGGGCCAAUCAACAGUACGAUAUGUGCAAAAAACAAAAACAGCACAAAUCUGAUAUUGGAGUUCAAAAAGACCCCUUGCAUUUAAUUAUGAACAUGGUGGCUGAGUUCUAUCGUCUGAUAGUUCUAUUAUAGUAUCAAUAGAAUUGAAACCAAGCAUCUGAAUCAGGUGGACUCGAUUUGAAAAAAUAUCGACAAGGACGUUAACUAUUUGUCAUGUGUUUUGUAUUGUUAUUCUUAAAUAGUCAUUGAUAGUGUAUUGAAACAAUUUAUUUCGUAUAUUUCAACCGUGUCCUAACUCUGUGAUCAAUACGUAUAAAUUAUGGACUUUUGACGAGUUCAAUACGUUAUAUAUUGAUUAUAAUGACAGAUGACAAAGUCCGAGUGUCAAUAUAAUCUAACAUGUCCCAAAAUAACGUAUUGACUGAGUGAAAGUUCUUUUAAAAUUUAGAUAUUACAUAUAUAAAAAGAUAUUUGGAAAAUGGCGUUCAAUGAUCUUUCUGUGAAUUUUCAAAUUGUAUUUUGCAAGAAUCAUAACAUGUUAUUGAAAAUAUGAAUAUGACAACUUCAUAAUCUGUUGCAUUAGUUUUCUUAGCGUCUGCAUUUAACAUAAAAUUCUUGAAAUAUUUAGUGAUAAACUUACAAAUUUUCUUUUUGUCUGCUGCGGCGCUUCCUCUGCGGUUUUUAUGUGUGACGUCAGGACUUCAUAAAUCAAAAUCUUGUAGACUUUUUUGGAUAGACCACCAAUGAAAAUAUACAUAGAAAUAUAGCGUCAAAAUACGUAAAAAUAGAAAGAAAGGCUAUGGAUGCGUAAAAUAACCUUUGAAACACGUGAUAGUAAUAUCCAAUGAAAAUAGUAGAAUGCUAAACAAUAUGUAAUAUUAAUGAAUAUGGCAUCGUUUGAUAUGGCAAUAUAUGAUGUUAAGAAUUGUCAUUGUGUCUGACAAAAUCUAAAACUAGAGUCUUAGUAAUUGAACAUAAGAUGAGUGAUAAAAGAAACAGAUGGGUCAGUCGGUGUACAUGAUUUUAAUAAGACUAUGACAUGAAUAAUUGACGCUCGUUUAAAGAAACGAAUUUAGAAAAUAAUAUGUAUAUCAACAACCAGUUGACUAGAUUCAAUUAUAAUAGUUAUCAGGUAUCAGGAUUAUAAUUUAUUACGCAUGACGCUCGUUUCGUCUACAUAAGACUCAUCAGUGACGCUCAUGCCAAAAUAUUUAUAAAUCUCAACAAGUACAAAGUUGAAGAGCAUUGAUGAUCCAAAAUUCCAAAAAGUUGUGCCAAAUACGACUAAUCGAAUCUAUACCUGAGAUAAGAAAAUCUUAAGUUUUUCGAAAAUUCAAAAUUUUGUAAAUAGAAAGUUAAUAAAAAUGACCACAGUAUUGAUAUGCAUGUCAACACAGAAGUGUUGAC